AUGUCUGGUUGGGACGACAAGCCUACUGUUAUCGGCUACGGCCAGAAGCGCGCGACCGUCGCCAAGGGUUCGGCACUGAACGCCGCCCAGCGCGCCGGUACUGUUACCUCCACCACGGCCAAGGGGCGUACCCAGACCAGUGGGCCUGCCGACUACCAGCGUCUCGGCAAGCUCGACGCCGACGACGCGCCCAAGCCCCCUGAGAAGGUCGACAUUUCCGUCGGCAAGGCCCUCGCCACUGCCCGCAUGAACAAGAAGACCGCCGACGGGAAGAGCAUGACGCAGAAGGAGCUCGCGACAGCUGUCAACGCCAAGCCUCAGGACAUCGCCGACCUCGAGGCCGGCCGUGCGACGCCCAACCAGCAGUUGCUGGGCAAGCUCGAGCGCGUUGUGGGUGUCAAGCUCCGCGGCGCGGCCAACCAGAUUGGCCAGCCGCUCUUCGCCAAGAAGAAGUAG